CGGCUGGCAGGCACGCUCGAAGAAUCUCGAUUUUCAAUCUCCUUAUCGCGAGUUCACAGAAAGUCCCGAGUGCUCUUACACUCCCGUGCACACAUGCUGCCAGGGCUGUAAAUCGGAAUCUCAUGUCUCCCCCAUGCAGUGCCCCGGCGAUACUGCGGCGCAAGCGAUAUCGACAUCGAAGUCGAUGCACAGCUGAAGAAAUCUGAAUGCCGGGAGGGCCAUGCGUCGUGUCGGAGAGAUGAUUCUGAGCUGUGUGGGGAAGUCCUCGCGCUGAUUCGAGCGCGGUGGCCUUGCGCCUGUUGUAGUGCGGAGUCUAGGUCGGGUGCUAUCUUCGCUUUCGGGAUCUCAAUGUCACAGAAGCAGGCGUUGAAGGCAUGGUCCUCCUAUCGAUAGCGAAUCGUGGGCGGAGAACCUUUGACUCUCGCCCAUCCGUUAUGGCUGACGCGAUCCUGCAAAGCCUGGCAGCUAGCACGCUCUUCGACCUGCGCGGUGUGGUUGCGGUUGUGACCGGCGGCGGCACGGGCAUCGGGAUGAUGAUCUCCUCGACACUUGUCGCCAACGGCGCGACGGUUUACAUCAUUGGUCCCGUUCAGACCGAGCUUGAUACAGUGUGCGCCAGCUACAACGCAGCGGCGGAGAACGUGCCCACUCGCGGCAAGAUGUUCGGUCUGAAAGGAGAUAUCCGUUUCAAGACAGAAGCCGCGCGUCUCGCAGCCGAAAUGGCCAAGCACGAAUCGCACAUCACAGUCCUCUUCAACAACGCGGGGAUCCACACCGGCCCGUUCGCGCGUCCCCCACCAGGAUCAACCGCACGCGACUACGUCGCCGCGUGCUUCGAUGGCGUCUCGCAGGACGACUUCGACCGCACGCUACAGACCAACGCCGUCGGCCCGUACUGGCUCGCGUUUGCGUUCCUCCCGCUGCUGGAGGCGUGGAAGAGCGCGGACGGGUACGGGAAGUUCGUGCCGCAGAUUGUCAUGACGAGCUCGAUCAGCGGGUGGACCAAGGACCCGAUGACGGCCGGGCUGAACUUUCCGUACAUGUUCUCGAAGAGUGCGAUCGGACACGCGACCGCGGCGUUGGCCCACGAGCUGCUGCCGCUGGGGAUCAGGGUGAAUGGGAUCGCGCCGGGGCUCUUCGCCACGAGGUUGACCACGGCGGCUGCAGACGAGAACGGCAUGUCCGUCCUCCCCAGCGGCGUUGAUUGGGGCUUCGAGAUCCCGACGGAAGCUGGUGCUGGCUCGCCGAAAGACAUGGGGACGUUGGUACUGUUUCUCGUCGCUAAUUGGUUCGUCAAUGGGGAGACGGUUCUCAUCGAUGGAGGGACGCUUCUCAAGCACCCAUCUGCAUACUGAGUACUUUCUGAGCCAUUUUUCGAUGGGCCAUGACACGUGCAACUAGUAAAUACGUACCUCUCAAGUCACUCAGUGACGGCGACUGAAAGUGGCUGUGAUUGGAUGGUGGUGCAAACGCGGUCACUGCACUUUCACGUGCACGGUCUGCGCGAGAAGAUUGAAUCUGAGGUGACCAACACUAUCUUCUUCAACAUAAUCAAACCCUGCACACCUACUGCUUGCGGGUUUUGGCACGAAACUUCCAAAAGACAUUCUACUUAGCCGUCGAAAUACGGCACCUGAGUUGAUCCUAUCGCCGAAAUGAACUGCGAUCCGUCAACGACGAUACUGAUCGGCACAGCACGCAGUACUGAUGACCAAGAUUCAGUCUUAGUCACUGAAGGCUUUCAUACCGGAGUAGGCCGGCCUUAAUGCUCAUGUUGACGCGUGCAUCCAGGCAUUGGUUGGGGUUCCACAUAAUUAGUCACCGAAUUCGCUCAUUCCACAGACAAUCUCCUCUCCCUCCCUUUUUACUUCCUCGAACUUGAACGACCGACGACAAUGAGCAUUUCAUCCGUUUGCAAGCAAUAUGUCCUUCCCAAGACUGGCUCGAUCGACAACCUCAUCAUCACCGAGACGCCUGUCCCCCAGCCCCAGGCGGGCGAGAUCCUCCUAAAAGCGCACGCCGUAUCUGUUCAAUUCCGCGACCUCAUGGUGAUCAACAACACGUACCCUACUGGAUCGAUCCCCAACCUGGUUCCGUGCUCGGACGUCGCGGGCGAGAUCGUGGCGCUUGGCCCUGGCGUGACGGACUUCAAGAUCGGGGACCGCGUCAGCCCCAGCUUCGUGGACACGCUCCAUGGGGAUGUGAUCACGACGGAUGUGAAGGCCAGCGCGCUUGGCGCGCCGGUGCAUGGCACGUUGACGGAGUACCGCACGUACCCUACGCAUAGGUUGGUGAAGAUCCCCGAUCACUUGUCGUAUGAGGAGGCAUCGACCCUUCCUUGCGCCGCUGUGACUGCAUACAACGCUCUCAUGGGCGGGUUCUCGCCACUCAAAGCCGGCGACUCGAUUCUCGUCCUCGGCACGGGCGGUGUUUCCACGUUCGCGCUGCAGAUCGGCGUUGCGUCCGGCGCGAGCGUGAUCGUGACCUCCUCGUCCGACGAGAAGCUGCAGAUCGCAAAGCGCCUCGGGGCCGCGCACGUCAUCAACUACAAGACGACACCCGCCUGGGAGGAGGAGGUGAUGAAGCUGACGAACGGCCGCGGCGUGGACCAAGUGGUCGAAGUUGGUGGCGAGGCGACCCUGGGCAAGAGCAUCGCGUCUGUGCGCAUGGGAGGCUCGGUUACCGUGAUGGGCGGUCUGGCUGGAGCUCCUGGCCAAGCCCCCGUGUCCAUCAUUCCUUCUGCGAUCUUCAAGUCCCUGAAGCUCCGGGGCAUCUACGUCGGCUCCGUCGAGCAGUUUAAAAAUCUUGGUAGGCUGAUGGCGGCCAACCCUGAGGUCACACGGCCCGUCAUCGCCAAGGUAUUCCCAUUCGAGCAGGCGAAGGAGGCGUUUAAGCGCCAGAGCAGCCAGGCCCAAGUUGGGAAGAUUGUCAUCAAGGUGAACUAGGUCAUGGGGCUGUAGGGUCGUUGGUUUGUAGGGACAUUGUGAAGAUAAUUUGUUUUGGUUGAAAUGGUAGUGCAGUUCAAAGCUUGAGUUUGG